UCAACAUACACGUCACAGACCGAGCAGGAAGUUAACGGCAGAGUUUCCAUUCCCCCUCUAGGCAGACACAAAAAACUGCUUUGUCUACGUAUACACCGUCUAACACCCACAUCUCUUAACGUUUUACCUGGAAUCGGAUAUUCGGGACCAUAAACGAUGUCGCUGUAUCCAUCUUUGGAGGACCUGAAGGUGGACAAGGUCAUGAGGGCACAGGCCCAGUUUGCCCAGUCCUCCUCCUCUGCUCCAGCCAUCGCUGAGGAGACCUACCAGCCUGCCGUGCAAGGCAUGCCAAGCGCUGGUCUGUACCCAAAACUGGAGGAGCUUGGGGACUACAUGGGGCUUAGUCUGACCAGCGAUGAGGUGCAGAAGAACCUUGCUCUUAUCCCAGCUGCAAACAAUCAAGUUGCAGUAGGAUCAGGUGUAAGUGGCAUGGUGCGACCGGUGACGGGUGCUGAUGUGGGCAUCAGAAGAGCUGAAAUUCACCCAGGUCUUCGGGAGGUCAUACUCUGCAAGGACCAGGAUGGCAAAGUUGGCCUGCGGCUAAGAGAAAUUGACAAUGGUGUGUUCAUUCAGCUGGUGCAGGCAAAUUCACCUGCAUCUCUGGCUGGCCUGCGUUUUGGAGACCAGGUGCUGCAGGUCAAUGGGCAGAACUGUGCCGGCUGGAGCACAGACAAAGCCCACAAGGCUCUGAAGGCAGCAGCCGAACAGCGCAUUGAGCUUGUGGUCCGUGACAGGCCAUUCCAGCGCACAAUCACCAUGCAUAAGGACAGCUCUGGCCACGUCGGCUUUAUCUUUAAGUCUGGCCGUAUCACUUCUCUGGUGAAGGAUGGUUCUGCUGCCCGCAAUGGCCUUCUCACUGAUCAUUACAUUUGUGAGAUCAAUGGCCAGAAUGUCAUCGGGCUCAAGGAUCCUCAGAUUAAAGACAUCCUGAACACAUCUCCCAGUGCCAUGACCAUCACCAUCAUGCCCAAGUUCAUCUAUGAGCAUAUGAUUAAGAGGAUGUCAAGCGGCCUGCUGCGGUCAGCAAUGGAUCACUCUGUGCCUGAGGUUUGAGCCUCUCACACACCUCAGCCCCUUCCAGAACAUCUGCAAUCUCCAUCAGGCUGUUCUAGCACAUGGCUGGUCUGUGUUAGAGUUAAUCCUUUCUUCAAUCAAUUUCAUGUAUAACAUAAGAAAUUUGCCUUUUUCUACUUUACAUGUUCUUGUAUAUCUUUUUUUUUCUAUCUUCCUUAUUACUGUUCAAUUGUUUAAUUGUAUUUUAUAUGUAACAAUAAUAAUCCAUGACCUAUCCCUGAGUAUUACUGGCUUUGAUUUUUAUCACUUUUUAUUUUCUUUCAACUUACACCAUUCGAUUAGUUAGUGGGCAAAGAAAACCAAUAGGAAUAGGUUUGCUUCCGAAGAAAAUAAGGAUUGUGGGCAUUGAGUUCAGUACUCUUAAACGACGUUACCCACUAUGCACAGGUUUCAUUAGUCUCGUUAAGAACUUAUCAUUCACAACUACGUGCCAAGAAGGACUUGCACUGCCGGACUGUAACCAAGGAAGAUUGAAUUAGUCUUUGUUUUUAAAAAAAUAUAUAUGUUCAUUUUAGUUGUCUUCUCAAACUGUAUAAAUAGUUGAUGGCUCGAUCUGUCAAUAUGUAAAUUCUAUGACAGUUACAGUGUAUUCAAAUGUAGCCUCAACCUACUUGUAAUAAAAGCAAAUAAAUAAUUCUUGUAGAAUAA